GCCAGGAUCCUCGUCAUUUGAUUGGUCAACAUAUCUAUACCUCCACCAAUCAGAGUCCAAUACAGAGUAAGCCACCGCCGUCCAUGAACCGCGCCGUGGGCAUCAUCCCGGCUCGCCUUCAGUCCACUCGGUUUCCUGCCAAGCCGCUCGCACUCCUAUGCGGUCGGCCGAUGAUCCAGCACACAUAUGAAGCUGCGUGCAAGGCUACCUCUUUGAGCCAUGUGUAUGUGGCCACGGACUCGGAAGUGAUCGCCGCCGCCGUCGAUGCGCCAUCGAGCACACUACUCACAAGUGAAGCAUGUGAAAACGGCACGGCUCGAGUGUUGGAUGCGCUGCGUCAACUCGAUCAUGAUGCUGCUUUGUCGUACGAUAUCGUCGUCAACAUCCAAGGCGACGAGCCGCUUGUCGACCCGAUGCACAUCGACAUGUGUGUGGCUGCGUUGCAGAACGACCCAACGUGCGUCAUGAGCACGUUGAUGGCGCCCAUCCACGAAGAAUCUGAAGCACGAAGUCCCCACAUAGUCAAGUGUGUGACAGACCACCACAGCAACGCGCUGUACUUUUCCCGGGGAAUGAUCCCUUCUUCCAAGGACGAUGCGUUCGAACCGCGUCGGUGCAUGAAGCACAUCGGUUUGUACGCAUUUCGGCGGUCGUUCCUCGUGGACGUGUUUCCGCAGCUCAAGUCGCUGCACACAUCAGAAGACCUGGAACAACUCCGCGUUCUCGAAGCUGGGUACAAGAUCAAGAUGGUCACGGUGCCCUUUGCAUACCCUGGUGUGGACUUACCCUCGGACGUUGCCAAGGUUGAGAGAUUGAUGACUCGAUAAUGAUGGGACCACACCACCCAAGGUGUCGUCGCGCUGACCACAGGGCCACGGUAGAGAGAAUAUUGUGUCACGAAUUCUACAAAUUCGCACGCCUUGCAAUAGUAUUGAUCUCACAUUCAACGUUGAAAGAAUGACCAUGAAGGAUGCGGC